AUGCAGUCAGCCUCAAUGCAGUUCAGUCCCGUCAAGGACGGACGCCGCAUUCUCGGAGAAAAAGACACCAACGCGUGUCUUUCGCCAGCCCACCAGAGCAAACAACCGCUCUCGGUCGCCACAACCCCCGUCAAACGGUCUUUGUUCAUGAAUACAUCACCCAAGAAGCUCCUCCCCUCACCGAUCUUUGCUGGUCAAAAACGGACGAGAGAUCAGGUGGAUGAGACCGACGUAAACAACGGACACGUGCAGGAGCCGCGGGGCCUUGAGGGAGAAAGCUCCCAAUCAACAGUCAAACAUGACAGUCAAAAGCUGGAUCAAGAAUCAGACGCGAUGGGAAUCCGCGUCCCAACACCACCCUCCCAGCCAGAACGCGACCAGACCCAAGAUCCCAUGGAUACCGACAGACUUUCUACCGCGUCUCAAAGUUUAGAAAAAGAAACACGGCCUGUUCCCGAAGACCCCGAAGCGCGAAAGAUGUUCAUACAAGAAAAAGCAACACUUCUUCGAAACACGCUUCAAAGUGCUAUGCGCAAUGUCACCGACCACCAAAUUGACCGUCGAGUAUCCGAGCUCGAGGCACACAGCCGCAAAUGUCCUCGCCUCUCGUUCUCGGCUCUCUCCUCCCAUUCUAUGGCCUACGGAAAACAUGCCACACCCUCUCAAUUCCGCACUCCUCGAAUUGGCACGACCGCCGAAAUGAGCUCCACUCCUUCUCAAAAAACGCCUGACCUCCCUACACAAUCAUCAACGGGCCGGGCAAAGACGUCUCAUCGCACCCCUCCUCGCACUCUUGGAUCUCCAAUGCAGCUGAGCAGCCCUCCGGCUACGGUUGUCCGCUAUGCUCACAGUCACGAUGUUACUGCGGCUGCAAAGCGCGAAGACGAUGCUAUGCGAGACAAUCUGUCGCCGUCGCAAAGAGGAGACGCGGUUGAUGGGUUACUCAAGCUCAUGAGCACUUCCGAGAGAAACAGCACUCCCAAUUCAUGGACUGGGUAA